AUGUCUGACGCCUUUCACAUCAUCACAGGCACCCCAGCAGGAACACAAGAGGCCACUGUUCCAGCUGACAACGUUGCGGUAGGCAAACACCGGAAUGGGGGAACCUGUGCGGAAAAUGGAGCAGAGGAACACAAUAGUGCUCCGACCUACAGGGACACUGUUACCUCUCCCCCCGCUCCCACGGUCCCUCUCACCACCGACGAGCGAUUGAUGUGCCUUCUUGCUGUCCAUUGGAAUGCCUCUCCCUUUCGACACACUACCCUCUUCAACGUAUCUAUCGUCUUUGAUUGGCAGGGUGUCGGUUUGACCGAGUUCAACCAAGUCCAGACCGCCUACAACGCCUUCCAUCAGUUUGCUUCCGGCAUUUGGGGCGAGAUCACUUCCAAGGUCGUCCUUCUGCCCUUUGCUGACACUCAAUUACCCCGUCAGCAACUGUGGAUCCGGAACUUGAACGAAUUUGAUGAAAAAGCCAAGGAUUGGGCCCACCUGAAGAACUACCUCGAUCCCAACUUUGGCAAUCCUUACAUCCUCAACAAACCGGGGAAGACUGGGUUGAAGACCUACAAGACCCAAAUGCGGUUCGGGAUGAGCACAGCCCCGCCCAUCCUCAUGCAAGAACUUCAUUCUGUCUUGUCCAGCGAGCCAUUGGCGGGUGUCUUCCCGACUUCUAUCCAGGUGUCUGACAUGGUCCGGUUUGGCUUCCUCCCGUUGCUACCACAAGAAUUGGCAAUUGGCCCGUACUGCAAAGACUUGAUGCGCCUCUGCAACUUCCAGUACCCCAUUGGCCUAAUGCAAGAAUGGGCUGACCUGAUUUUGGCUGCAAACUUGGACAUUCGUAGGCUCAGUUGUGCUCUCUUCCAAGCCCCGACCCACUACACUAGAGACUGGCAGGCAGCAAAAGACGAAUUGGUCCAUGGCAAACAGUGCCCACAGCUUCAGUUGGUGAUUGAAGCCAUGCAAAAGCUGGCGAUGCGGCUUCUGACUGCAGUCUACCGCAUCCCCAUUGAACUCCCGGGCAUGUUGACUUCAGCUGCCACUGAGAACCUUGCCUUCGUUGUCACUGACGCCCACGUCAAGAAGGCUGAGGACCCUGUGGAGGACAAGAAAAAAUCCCUUCUCACGGCGCCCAAGUCUACCGAGGAGGACGAUGCCUGGAUCAAACAGCUUGCUCAGAUGGACCUUACCAAUGACAGACCAAGUCCCCUUUUUGUCAUGAUCUUACCAGCCGAGGAAGAUGGACGCUAUCUGCCUCUCGCAAUGAACGUGCUUGACAACCUGCCGUCCUUUCUCCAGUUUCACCUUGGCGAGUUGUCAUUCCCCAACUUCAUCCAAGUCAUCAAGAACUGGUCAGCUACCGACCUUGCCUACCAGAACCGCAGGCUUCAUGUCAAAUGGGUUCCGUCAGAGCUUUGCUCCUGCUGUAUUGACAAUCCUACAGGCGACCAAGGUCAUCAAGUCCGUGAUCCCAUGGACUACCUUCUCUGCUUGGAAGACCCUGUGGAAAUUCUUGAAGGCACUCUUCACAUCGACAUCCACCCCAAACAUGUUCAAGACGUGGACAAUGCCUUUCUGUGA